AUGUCCAAACAACGCCUAGCAAUCCUCGAUGAGAGGACUACGCGAUCGGAAGUAUCGAGAUCAAGCAGGCUCUCAUUGGUUGAGACAUCCUCGAAAAGGCUCUACAACACUCCUCGAUGCUCUUCCAGUUGUGUUUGCAAUUGUCACAAUCACAUCAAACGAUUAUCAGCCCAUGUACUUCCGAAUAGCAUGCAAGGUAUCUGGCGAGCCAUGAUGAUGGCUUCAUCCCGAAAAAGUCAUCUCAACUCCUACUGUCACGACUGCCGAUCUGUACCGCGAGCCCAAGUUGCCAGAUUAGUCAACUGGCGAGUUCCGAACUGGUUUGGUCCUCUAGUUGUCCAAUUCUCCGUGAGAUACUCGUUAAGGCGCGGUCUGAGUUGUAGACUGAAAGCCACGCAGAGAGUGGUGUCUCUGGUGGGUGACAUCUUCUGGAGUAUCCAAAGAAAUGACAUUGAACAAAUACGAUCACUGCUCAAGACCAGUCCAACUGUAGUGAACGACCAAUGGGACCUCGGUGGCCACUCGCCUUUACAUGCGGCCGUGCAUUUGCAAAACCCUGAUAUAGUUGCGUUGCUUCUAGACCACGGAGCAGACACGGCGAUUGAGGAUGAUCGGGGCAUCGACGCUGCCUUAGCAUUCGCAAUUCAUGCAUUCAAGGGAUACUUCCCUAGGACAGAUCAUUAUGAGCUUCAUAGCAAGCUAUCCAUUGCCGAAGGAUUGGAGGAUGCAACGGAGUAUCUCGGGUACGGAACUGUGCACAAGAUAGUACUCAACCUACUGGAGACUGAUCUUCGUGAAUACCUCGAAGAUCUCGAAGAGAACGAGCGACUCGAGCAAAUACAUCACGCUGAUGGAUUCGGCCGAACCCCAUUACACUUGGCCGCGAGCCAGGAUGAUGCCGAGGCCGUCGAAAUCCUCUUGUCAUUUGGAGCGGAACUAGAAAUACGAGACACUGCUGGCUUUACACCUCUAGCCGCCUUGGCAAGAUGCGUGAAGGGCGCGAAAUCCUUCAAACUUCUUGCUGAGAAAGGUGCGAAUAUUCACGCCAAAAACACGCAUGGUGAUUCCAUCAUACACGUCGCAGCAUACACUGGUUCAUUGGAACUCAUCGAGCAGCUCUACUGGCUUGGUGUUGAUAUAGACACCCUUGAUUCUAGAGGUGGAACUCCAUUGAUCUUGGCCGCCAUUUAUAACCAACCCAAUAUUGUUGAGCGUCUGAUCGAAUGGGGAUCUGCCAUGGAUGCCGUCGAUGAAGACAAUGACACAGCGCUCAUUUACGCGAUUGAAGUUAACGCACAUGAGGUCAUCAACUUAUUGCUGAGCAAAAACGCCAAUCACCGUCACGCCAAUGGAUAUGGCCGCACUAUUUGGCACUGUGCCGCUAUGGCCGCCGAUGCAAGGACGAUGAAGAUCCUACAGUCUCUCAAACCGAGACGAGAGGACUUGACUUGGCGGGACAAGUUCAACCGAACUCCAUUCGACAUUCUGUGCAGACACUUCCGCGGGCGACAGGAAGUUUGGGACAUGUUCGAACGCUUGAGCAAAGAGGCCGAUACAUCUCGAGAAGUUACGGAGGAAGCCUGA